AUGGAAGAUCAGCUUCAGGCCCAAAUGCAAAACCAUAUGCUUGCUUUGAUGCUCCAAGGACUUCUGAAAGGGUGUUUUGACAAAUGCAUUGCAAAGCCUUCUGAUGAUCUCACCUCAAAUGAAAAGCAAUGUCUGGCUAUGUGUCAAGAUCGCUACCAAGAAUCUUUCCAAAAAACAUUUGUAAGGCAAUUAGAGAGAUUAGCUAAACUUCAAGAGCCACAUACAGACUUCCCUAAUUAA